AUGUCCGCCACUCAGUCUCCACAGCUCUUCACCCCCAUCCAGGUCGGCGACUAUGAGCUCAAGCACAAGAUUGUCAUGGCUCCUCUCACUAGGUUGAGGGCUGGCGCCAAGGACGCUAUCCCCUCCGACUGGGCCAUCAAGUACUACACUCAGCGAGCCUCUGAGGGUGGUUUGAUCGUUUCCGAGGGUACCUUCAUCGCUGCCGAGCACAAGGGUUACGACUACGUCCCUGGAAUCUACACCCCUGAGCACAUUGCUGCCUGGAAGAAAAUCACAGAUGGUGUUCACUCCAAGGGCGGUCGAAUCUUCUGUCAACUUUGGGUUCUUGGUCGUGCCGCUGACCCCGCUGUCAUCCCCGUCGUCUACUCUGCUGGUUCCGUUGAGGACCCCGAACCCUCUCCCUUCAAGUCUGACGAGGUCAAGAAGCCCCUCACCCCUCUUCAGGAGGAGGACAUGGACAGGCUCGUUGGCUACUACGAGCAGGCUGCCAAGAACUCCAUCGAGGCUGGCUUUGACGGUGUCGAGAUCCAUGGUGCCAACGGUUACAUCCUUGACCAGUUCCUUCAGACCAACUCCAACGACCGAACCGACCAAUACGGUGGCUCCGUCGAGAACCGUACCCGAUUCCCCCUCCGUGUCCUCAAUGCUGUCUGUGCCGCCAUCGGCCCCAAGCGUGUCGGUAUCCGCAUGUCUCCCUUCUCCGAGUUCCAGGCUAUGCGCAUGAAGGAGCCCCUCGACACUUUCGUUCCCUGGGCUGAGACCAUCGCCAAGGCCCAGCCCGAGCUUGCCUACGUCCACGCUAUCGAGGGCCGAGGUUUCACCGUCGCCGAGGACCAGUGGUACCAGAACGACACCCUUGCUCCCAUCAGGGAGGCUGUGGCCAAGCACGGCAAGAGCAUCAAGUUCAUCAGCGCCGGUGGCUACACCCCCGAGAAGGCUCUCAAGCACGCCGAGGAGUUCCCCGGAGACCUUGUUUGCUUUGGCCGAUCUUUCAUCUCCAACCCUGAUCUCCCCAACCGAGUCCUCAAGGGCUACCCCAUCCGCAAGUACGAGCGCCCCACUUUCUACUCCCAGACUGCUGAGGGUUACAUCGACUAUGAGGACUAUGCCCCCGAGCAGCAGGCUCUUGCCCAGGACGAGGCUGCCCCCUCUGCUUAG